CCUUCUUUGGCUCUUCGGGCACCUCAAGAGAGGGCAGCACCAAGUCGCCUCUCUCCCCCCUCACCCAAAGCUCCCACCUUUCGCUUCCCCUCCUCCUCCUCCUCCGCCUUCCCAAUUCCCCAAUUCGGAGCGCCCGAGGAAUUCGGCGUCGAUCCGACGCGACCGAAUUCGCCCCGAUUCAGCUGCUGCUCUUGGUUCGUACGUCCUGCUGGCCGGCCUCUUUGUCUGUCUCAACUCGAUCCACGCCGUUGCGGCACGCUUCCUCCCUGCGGGGUUUGGCCUGUACUGAUCUGGCCUGGAAAUACUCCUACUCUAGUUUCGCGGAUUUUUGUGUUCGGUCCCAUUUCUCGGUUUUCCCAGUGGUUCGUGCUGAUCUCUGUCUCUGUGUACUAUCUUCUCCUGGCCCGAUUGUUGAUGGGAUUUGGCCUCUCACGAGUCGGCCAGGGAGAAUUUCCUGCUUGGCGAAGCUUCUGCUGAAUUUGCUAACCAUUUCCACGUUUUACUUGGGUCUAAGAAAGCUCCAGUUUUCUCCAACCAAUCGCUCUGAUCUCUUCUUGUCUAGAUCUAAUUUUUCUUUUUGGGUUUGGUGUCUUAGGUCUUCACCCAAUAGGUCAGAAAUUAUCAACCAUUUCCCGUUUCUCUGCUGAAUUUUCUCUUCAUUUCUUGCUCUUUCUACCCUCGGUUCUUCCUGAUCUGAUUGUUCAAGCUCGGGGUUUGUCUCAGUUUGCUUGAUUUGUUUAUCCGUGUGGAGUCAAAUGGCGCAGGAGAGCUGUGAUCUCAACAAGGACGAGGCCGAGAUCCUGAAGCCAUCCUCCUCCACACCUUCGCCUCCUUCCCCAACCACACCACCACCACCAACCGCUCAAAUACCAGAACCGCAACCUCCACAGUCGCCACCACAACCACCGGCAGCUCAAUUCUUGUCCAGGCCCUGUGAAGUUGUUCACAUAGAGACUUCCAAAAAGAGGAAACAUGCUGAUGCGGUGUCAAUGGCCAUGGCGGCUGCGCCAUUGUCGCCUGUGCUGUUUGUUAACCGUUGCAACGUGUGCCGCAAGAGAGUUGGUUUGACUGGGUUUCGUUGCCGGUGCGAGAAGCUCUUUUGUCCGCGCCACCGGCAUUCAGAAAGCCACGACUGCUCAUUUGAUUAUAAAACUGCAGGCCGGGAGGAGAUUGCCCGGGCAAACCCUCUGAUCAGGGCUGCCAAGAUCAUUAGGAUAUGAGGUUCAUCUAAGAAUUAUAUGAAAGACUAAAUCUUGGAGAUGCUGCAAGUGUAUCAUGCUGUCAUUCCAAGGAUGAUCCGAAAGCAUGACCACUGCCAAUUUGUGAAGACAUUCCCCAAACAACUAAGCUCUUAGUAGCAUACAAACCUACAUUGAGCAAGGGUUGGUUGUUGUGGGAGAAUGCUUCACUCUUGUUCUUCGUCCGGCUAUGGUUCACUCUAUAGCAUCUGAAGCUACCAUGAACACAGAUGAUAGAACCUAUAAUGUCCAGUUGUAAUUCUAUUGGAUCCAAAGAUUUGUUAUAUUGUAAUCUUUCUUUACUAUUGUUCAAAUUCUACUUAAUGCAAUUGUGUGUUACUGAAAGCUCGUGUGAUGUUUAGUGUGUCAGGUCGAUACUGAAGCUACUCAGUUCUCGUACGAUCUGUUGUAACAUUUCUUGUAGCAAAUAAUUUUUUCUCAAGGAAGCAAAAGAUCUUCCUCAUCUCAUUAAUUAAGUAAAA